UAUAGAGAGAGAGAGAGACAGACAGACAGACAGACAGAAAGAAGAGCGAGAAAGCGGAGAAGAAAUGGCGAGCUUCAUGCCAACUGCUAACCUCAGAGGCUUCUCUGUGUCAGCAGCGGCUUCAUCGUCUAAUGGGGCUGUUCCUGGGACUGGGACUGGGAGCACGCAGAAGGCAGGGCCAAUGAUAGUGGAGUUACCUCUGGAUCAGAUUAAGCGGCCAUUGAUGCGAACCAGAGCUAAUGAUCCAAACAAGGUGCAGGAACUCAUGCAGAGCAUCCAGCAAAUCGGCCUCCAAGUCCCUAUUGAUGUUCUUGAGGUAGAUGGUGUUUACUACGGGUUCUCCGGGUGCCAUCGUUACGAAGCUCACCAGCGUCUUGGGCUCCCUACAAUACGCUGCAAAGUCCGACGAGGCACCAAAGAAACUCUCAGGCAUCACCUCCGCUAGAAGGGUUUUACGCCGACUAGUUCACUAUCCCUUCUACACUGUAUAGACUAUACACUAGUUUUGCUAUCUCAAGACCCACCCUGUAAGGCUGUAACCUUGAAAACUCGCCGAGUUCUCACCUGUCAAAUAACACAGCUUUGGGUUC